ACACCCAUCUGUGCAAAAGACAUCAGUGAUGAUUUGAUGAAAGAGUUUGCUUUUCUUUCUGGUGGCCGAGGGAAAGACAAGGCUUGGAUUAUCACCCUCCCCGACAACGCUCGCUUCAACGAGGUGCCUGAGGAGAUCGUAUCUAAAGUCUUAACAUACCUCACAUCAGUCCCCAGUCAACAUGAGUCUGACACCAAAUUUAUCCUAAUCCUGGAUAGAAGAUUGGACACAUGGACAUCGGUCAAAAUGACUCUCCAAAAAAUAGCAGCAUCUUUCCCAGGGAACCUGCACUUGGUGAUGGUUCUCCGUCCCACGGGGUUCUUCCAGCGCACCUUCACUGACAUUGGAUUUCGGUUCAGUCAGGAGGAUUUUCUGCUCAAGUUACCGGUUGUUAUGCUGAGCUCAGUUAGUGACCUGCUGACAUACAUUGAUGAACACCAAUUAACCCCCGAGUUUGGAGGCACCCUGGAGUACUGCCACAGCGAGUGGGUCAUCUUCAGGACUGCAAUAGAGAGUUUUGCGCUCACAGUGAAGGAAAUUGCACAGAUGUUGCAGUCCUUUGGCAUGGAGCUGGCAGAGACUGAGCUUCCAGAGGACAUGUACUCAAUCGAGCGCAUCCUGGCCCUGCGCACCGAGAAGUACUACCAGCUCAAGGAAGAUAUUACAGCAGUCACAAAAGAAGGGAACUUGCUUUUGAGCAGUUUUGAAGAGCCUGACCUGGGGGAAUGCAGUGAGGACCAAGAGCACGAGAGGCCUGGGGACUGGGAGACCGUGAAUCGGUUACUUGGUCAGCUGCAUGAGAUGGAGACUGCUUUUGAUGGCUUCUGGGAAAAACAUCAGUUAAAAAUGGAGCAAUAUUUGCAACUGUGGAAGUUUGAGCAAAGUUUUCAAGAGGUCAAGAAUGCCAUUGAAUUUUUAAUGAGUCAGCAGGCGGAGCUGCCCGACACUGGUGACAGUGUUCCCCAAGUGAAGCAGAGGCUCAAGGACUUGGCUCAUUUUGAUGGUAUGGCUCAGGAUCUGAUAGGGAAGGCUCAGGUGGUGAUACUACAUGGACACCAGCUCGCAGCGAAUCAUCACUACGCACUCAACUUGAUCUGCCAGCAGUGCAAUGAGCUGCGGCACCACUCCGAUGUCUUGUCUGAUGAGAUCAAAAGGAAGCAGAUGCGGCUGCAGAAGACCUUGGAUCUUCAUACCCGCCUUCAGCAGGCUCUGCAGUGUUGUGAUGAAGGUGCCUACCUGCUUGCCAACCAGCAGAUGGAUAAGUGCCAGUCUAAAGAAGGUGCUCAGAAAGCUCUCCAGGACAUAGAAAGGUUUCUUGAAAGCUCUUCAGCCUACUUAAACUAUGAUCCCCAAGCCCUACACUACGAUUUUGAGUCAGUCUUAACAUCAGAAUUGAAGUGCCAGAUACAGUCAGUGCAGGUCAAGCUUGAAAACGUUCGAAGCAUGUUUGAGAACCGUCAGUCUUGCUUCAAGAAGCUGCUGGAUAAACACGUGAGGCCUGUCCAGUUAGUGGCCCCUCGGCCAGAAAAUCCACCCAGAUCAAAAUCUCCAUUGUUCUCUCCUAAACAUGGUAUGGAUUUUAAUUCCAGUUUGAAAUUUUCAUUUGACCUCUCUCUCCCUGGGAAGAAAACAUCAAGAAAAACUCCAAGUUCUCGCAAGAUUGAAGUGAUGCACGACUAUCAGGAAAAACGGAAUUCCUUGCAGUAUUUUAUUUCAGACAGUGAUGACAACUUGGAUAUACUAAAAGGCCAUGUCAUAAAUGAACUUAUAGAAACUGAGAGAGUGUAUGUAGAGGAACUCUUCACUGUGUUGACGGGCUACAGAGCUGAGAUGGAUAAUCCUGCCAUGCUCAUCCUCAUGCCUCCCGUGCUGAGGAACAGGAAGGAUGUCCUCUUUGGGAACAUGCCUGAGAUAUACGACUUCCACAACAAAAUUUUCCUGCACAGUUUGGAAAGCUGCCUGGGAGCACCCGAGAGAGUAGGAUGCUGUUUCCUAGACAGGCGAGAGGAUUUCCAGAUGUAUGAGAAGUACUGCCAGAACAAGCCCCGCUCGGAGUCCCUGUGGAGGCAGUGCUCUGAGAGCACCUUCUUCCAGGAAUGCCAAAGAAAAUUAGAGCACAAACUGGGGCUGGAUUCCUAUUUGCUCAAACCAGUGCAGCGCCUGACAAAAUACCAGUUACUUCUGAAGGAGCUGCUGAAGUACAGCACGAGCUGUGAUGGAGUUCAGGAACUUCAAGAAGCUCUGGUUGCAAUGUUGGAUUUGCUGAAGUCAGUCAAUGACUCUAUGCAUCAGAUUUCAAUAACAGGAUAUGAUGGUGACCUGAGCGAGCUGGGGAAGGUAUUGAUGCAAGGAUCUUUCAGUGUUUGGACAGGGCACCGAAAAGGUCCAACAAAGAUGAAGGAUCUUGCCAGGUUCAAGCCAAUGCAGAGGCAUCUGUUCCUGUAUGAGAAAGCCUUGGUCUUCUGCAAGAAGCGAGAGGAGCAUGGAGAUGGAUAUGACAAAACCUCAUCCUACAGUUUUAAGCAUUUUUUGAAAAUGAAUGCAGUUGGAAUAACUGAGAAUGUGAAAGGAGACCAUCGGAAAUUCGAGAUCUGGUACAGUGGGCGCGAAGAGGUCUAUGUGGUGCAGGCUCAAACAGUAGAUCUGAAGAUGGCAUGGUUGAAUGAAAUAAGAAAAAUUUUGUUCAAGCAGCAGGAGCUCAUAAAAGUGGAGAAGCAGCAGCCCAGCUCAUGCAUGGACCAGCUCCCGCUCUCAUCGCAGCUGACUGAUAGAAAGCAGCAGAGAGCCUCCAUCAGCUCAGAAGAGAACGACUCGGAGCGCACCAGCCCGGUGAUGCUGGACAGUGGGCUCGUGUCCCCCCAGAACAAGCCCCACAGAAGCUGGCCAGGAAUGUCACAGUCCCUGGAAAUCUGCGAGGGGCUGGAGGAGUGGUCGGGUAACCAAUACCUCUCCAACUGCUCGGACACUGAGGAGGAGGAUGGGAACCAGCUGUCUCCAGGAAAAUACAAAGCCCUUGCAGACUGCAAGAGGAGAGGAUCAGAGGACCUGCUGGUGAAAAACGGGGAUGAAAUUCAACUUUUGCAUGAAGAUGGUGAGGGACAGUGGUUGGUGAAAAACCUAAACAGAAGAAAAGAAGGCUGGAUCCCUGUCCACAGUCUGCAGAUCGUAGUGGGUGACUGCAGAUUUCGGAAUGCCAAAGUUGCAGAUGCUGCCCUGUGUAACACAAGAAAGUUCAGUUCCCCUUGA